AUGCCUCUAAUCUCCAUUACUACCGCAAACUCGUCUACAGCAGGCUACAAACUGCUCUCACCCUAUACCGACGAUGAUACUACGUUCGCACACAACACGCUGUGUCCGCGUUAUGCCGAGUCUGACCCCACGUCUGCGCCGCCAUCCCCUGCGUCCGUAGAGUCCUUCGAAAUAUUGGACAGCAUACCUUGGCGGAGAGGCUACAUAGCCCUGGACAACCAUGGAAGGCAAAGCGGCAAUACACUACGGAGUCGGUGGAUGAGGAACAAAGUUCGCGCUAUGGUGCUACUUUUGCUCCUCACUUUGCUUGUAGCUGGUUGCGUGCUAGGUGGAUACAUGACAAUCAAGCAUGGGAAAAGCAAAUCCAGCACAGACGCCGCAUGA